CUUGAUGUCAUGGCCGUGGGGUGCGUGCUCGUCCUGGCCCUGCUGCUCCUGCCCCCCCCAUCUGCUCUGUCUCCUCCCUGUCCCGCCGGCUGCCGUUGCUACAGCCUUGCCGUGGAGUGCGGCUCCACCGACCUGAGGAACAUCCCCAGACUCAUCCCUCCAUCCACCCAGACCAUCUUCCUCCAGGACAACGUGAUCAGUCAGAUUCGUCGAGUGGACCUCAGCCUGCUGAAGCAGCUCCAGUAUCUCUACCUGCAGAAUAACAGCAUCUCCGGCGUGGAGCCCGGGUCCUUCCAGAACCAGAACCAGCUGCUGGAGCUGGCCCUGAAUGGGAACCGGAUCCACCUGCUGACACCCAGCAUGCUCCAGGGUCUGGACCAGCUGCGCAUACUCUACCUGGCAGGAAAUGACAUCACACGCCUGCUGGACUUCACCUUCCAGGGGUUACAACGUCUGCAGGAGCUCCACCUGCAGCACAACAGCAUAGAAGUGGUAUCAGACCAGGCUCUGGUCGGACUGACCUCUCUGGCUCUGCUUGACCUGAGCAGCAAUAAUCUCCACACCAUCGGUCCCACAUCUCUGCAGCCGCUGGUCAGCCUGCAGGUGCUGCGCAUCACAGAUAACCCCUGGCGCUGUGACUGCGCGCUCCACUGGCUGAGAAGCUGGAUGGACGAGGACGGUCAGCGCCUGCUCAGCUCCGCAGAGCGCCGCCUGCUCUGUCACGAGCCGCCGCGUCUUUCCCGACUCAGCCUGGUGGAGGUCCCGCCCAACAGCCUGGUGUGCAUCCCUCCUGUAGUUCAGCUGGAACCCAGAAGGUUGGCCGUGCAUCUGGGGGAGAGUCUCAGAGUGUCCUGCCACGCCUCCGGCUAUCCGCGUCCACAGGUGACCUGGAAGAAAGCGACCCAGAGUCAAGUAGUGGACGCUCCCAGGGCUCUGGUCCAGGAGCUGGGUACUGGUGCUGGAGGCGCAGGAGCAGAGGAGACAUCUGACAGCAGAGUCAGCCUGCAGAAAACGGCCGGCGAGUACUUUGACCCCGACACCGGCAGCGGCAUGCUUUUCCUCAGUAAUGUGACCGUGGCACAUGUAGGCUUUUACGAAUGCGAGGCCUGGAACGCAGGAGGCGUAGCCAGGGUGACUUUUCAGCUCGCCAUCAACUCUUCCUCCUCUUCCUCCAUUUGGGCCUCGUGGUCUCAGGUGUCCUCUCCGUUUUCCCCAGCUUGGCCCUGGCUGAGAAGCCACGGUCCAGUCUUGGGAUCCGAUGUCAGCCGGGAGCCUCUGUACGCUCUGGGCAGCAUGGCCUUCAGCGCUCUGGGAGCUGCCACGCAGACUGCCAUUGCUGUGGGAAUCUCCCUGCUGGCUUUGACCGCUCUGCUCCUGGUUGCCAUGAUCUACAGCCGUCACCAGCGAGACAAAGAUGCUGAUGGAGGUGAAAAGGAGGAGAGCAUCCUGUACGUGAAUGACUACUCUGACGGCCCCACCACCUUCGCCCAGCUGGAGGAGUACCGCGACGAGCGAGGCCACGAGAUGUUCGUCCUGAACCGAGCCAAGCCCGUGCUUCCACCCGCUCCUCCUACAGCCGCCUCCACCAGCCGCUCUCCGUCCGACGCCUCCAGCCAGACCGGGCCUGUCAGCCCCCCCGCCCCGCAGGGCAAACAGGAGCAGCAGGAGGCCGACCUGGGAACCAUGAGGAGAAUGGCCGGGGAGGGAGGCGAAGCCGAGCCCAUCGUCACAUCCGAGGCUGAAGGAAGGUUUCUCAACCACACAGGAGCGUUCAUGGAAUCGCAGAUAGCUUAUGAGAUCCACUGCUGAACGCUGCAGGGACGUAGACUCCAUGGACUCACCAGGACUGAGGCUGGUCCAACGGAACGGAUCAAAACCGCAGAGUUCAUCAAAGACCAUCAGCCAGGAGCUCAGAGGGCGAGCUGGUGGUUCUACCAUGUUAACACCUGUACAGGGUUUCUAGGCUCCAGCAGCAGAGUCCAGGCGGCUUUGUUCAGCUUUGGGACAGAAAAGACAGAAAGGUUUUAAAUCUGUUGCCGCCAUCGUUUUAGCUCCAUGUGACGUUCAGGAACAAACAAACUUCUUUAGUUCUCCUUCCAUCUGUUUUCAAAGGUUUCUGCACCAGAGGCAGACUGAACGCGUGAAGAAAUGGAUUUACUGGUUUUAUGAUUCAAAACUUUCUUCAAAAUGUGUCAUCUGUGCGUUGGGUUAUAAAUGGUUUUCAAAAUAAAAUCUCUAAAGUUGACUACGUCUCUUU